GGGAGUAGAGGUGUGGAGGCGGAGGUCAGGAGGUGAGUGGGGGGGCGGCGGGUAUGUGCAUGUCGCGCGCCUGGCUUGCUGGCUGGGGGGGAGGGGGAGGGUGGUAUCUGAUGUGCGGGAGUUUGCUGCUGAUAGGUGUGGGGUGCUGCGUCGGAGGGCGCCCCCGCAACGGGCAUGCAUCGCCCUUGGUGGCAUGUCAGGUCUCUCACAUCCCGCUCUUACCGGCCCCGUUGCAUGCCCCGUUGAGUCCCCCAAUACCACGCACAAGCCCCUCCCCACAGCCCUGCAACCCUUCCUGUGCUCCUCCUCCCCUUCCAUGCAAACCCUUCCCCUACCCCUCCCUCUUCCCCCCUCCCCGCAGGGCGCUGCAGGCCUACCAGGCCCGUGUGGCCGCUGAGGGCGAGCUGGACGAGGAGGAGCUGCCGGCGGACGUGGUGGAGGCGCUGGAAGGGGCCACGGGGCCGGAAGCCAGGUGCUUCGCGGACUUCCAGUCGCGCGUGUCGCUGGCGCCCACCCAGGUGCUCCGCUACUGCCGGCAGGAGGGCGCACAGCCGCUGUGGCCCGCGCCACACGCCCGCCCGCAGCAGCCGGGGGACAUACCGCCCUGCCCUCACUGCGGAGGGCCGCGACGAUUUGAAUUCCAGGUUCUCCCCCAGCUGUUGCACUACCUGCGUCUGGACGAGGAGGACCCCGCCAGCCCCGACUGGAGCACCCUGGUGGCCUACACCUGCGCGGCGUCGUGCAGCCCGGCGGGGAGGCGUGAGGGUGAGGGAGAGCAGGGGCAGGGGCAGGAGACGGCGUACAUGGAGGAGCUGGUGUGGGUGCAGCCGCCGGGGCAGUGAGGGGAGGGGGUGUUCCCCUGCCCUCAUGAGGGGGAUAGAGGCAGCGAGUGCGGGUAGAAUGGUGGGGAGGAAGGAGGUGGGAGGCUGGAUGUUUGGGAAGACAUGGGAGGGAGCCGGAAGGGCUUCGGUGCGGGGUUUGCGUGGGGAUGCAUGGGGGUCCGGGGUCAUGGGGGGUGCUGG